AAUGCUUUUGCAAUUCCUGGCUUUUGAGGAUUCUGUUUUGAAGAAGCUGCAAAAGCUGAUGCGUUGACAUGGACGAGACAAAAAACAUAAGAAACAUAUGCAUACUGGCACACGUGGACCACGGCAAAACAACGUUGGCCGACCACCUGAUCGCGGCGGCUGGCGGCGGCGUGGUCCACCCGAAGCUAGCGGGUCGGGUCAGGUACAUGGACUAUCUGGACGAGGAGCAACGCAGAGCCAUCACAAUGAAGUGCUCCUCCAUCCUCCUCUGCUACAACCCCCACUCCAUCAACCUCAUCGACUCACCCGGCCACGUUGACUUCUGCAGCGAGGUAUCCAGUGCCGCCCGGCUCUGCGACGGCGCUCUCCUCCUCGUGGAUGCCGUGGAGGGCGUCCACAUCCAAACCCGCGCCGUCCUCCGCCAAUGCUGGAUUGAACGCCUCACCCCUUCCCUCGUCAUCAACAAAAUCGAUCGCCUAAUCACCGAGUUGAAGCUCUCUCCCUCCGAAGCCUACACUCGUCUCUCGCGUAUCGUUCAUGAAGUUAACUGCAUCUUUAGUGCCUUCAAGUCUCAGAAAUAUUUAUCUGACGUGGACAUGGGCUCUCAUUUAGACGACAACGAGGAGGAUGCGUUUCAGCCGCAAAAAGGGAAUGUCGUUUUUGCUUGUGCUUUGGAUGGUUGGGGUUUUGGUAUUAAUGAGUUUGCUGAGAUAUAUGCGUCAAAGCUUGGUGCAAGUGUGAACGCCUUGCGGAGAGCGUUGUGGGGUCCAUGGUAUUUUAAUCCCAAGACUAAGAUGAUUGUUGGCAAGAAAGGGAUUUGUGGUGCUAUGGACAAGGAUAAGACUAUGUUUGUUCAGUUUGUUUUGGAGCCAUUGUGGCAAGUGUAUCAGGGAGCUUUACAAGGGGAUAGAGGGUUGCUUGAGAAAGUUAUUAGGUCGUUUAAUUUGUCUGUUCCCGCGCGAGAAUUGAAGAAUAAGGAUGCUAAAGUGGUGCUUCAGGCGGUUAUGAGCUGCUGGCUUAAGCUUUCGGAUACUGUUUUGUCUAUGGUUGUUAGGUUUAUGCCUGACCCUGUGAUGGCACAGUCGUUUCGUAUAUCCAGGCUCAUUCCAAAGAAGUGGGAGGAGGAGGCGGCGGUGAGGAAAGCGGUGGAGGUGUGUGAUUGUAGGCCUCAUGUUCCUUGUGUUGCUUUCGUGUCGAAGAUGUUGGUUGUCCCUGUUAAGAUGCUUCCUCCUGGUUAUGAAGAUGAGGAGGAGGAGUUGGAUGAAUGUUUCUUGGCAUUUACUAGGGUCUUUAGCGGGGUUUUGUCCGCAGGGCAGAGAGUUUAUGUUCUUUCUGCUCUGUAUGAUCCUCUAAAAGGGGAAACAAAGCAUAUACAGGAGGCUGAAUUGAAAUCGCUGUAUUUGAUGAUGGGCCAAGGGUUUAAAGAAGUGUCAUCUGCUAAAGCAGGAAAUAUUGUUGCUAUCCGAGGCCUUGGCCAGCAUAUAUAUAAGACUGCUACCCUUUCCUCUACUAAGAACUGUUGCCCUUUUUCGAGUAUGGCUUUCCAAGUUGCCCCGGCUUUGAGAGUUGCAAUUGAGCCAUCUGAGCCUGCGGAUGUGGCCGCACUGCACAAAGGCUUGGAGCUUCUGAAUAUAGCAGAUCCAUUUGUUGAGGUCACAUUUUCUGCAAGAGGAGAGCAUGUUCUUGCUGCUGCUGGCCAAGUUCAUCUUGAGAGAUGCAUAAAGGAUUUGAAGGAGAGGUUUGCGAAAGUAAGCUUGCAAGUCUCUCCGCCUCUUGUGUCCUACAAAGAGACCAUUGAGGGAGAUGUUUCCAAUGUGCUGGAAGAUUUUAACUUUCUAAGUAGGAUAUCAGGUUAUGUGGAAAAGACAACAUCCAAUGGAAGAUGUGUUGUUCGGGUGAAAGUGAUGAAACUUCUACCUUCUGUUGUAAAGGUGCUCCAUGAAAACUCUGAUUUACUUGCAGAUAUCAUUGGAAUGAAGUCAGGGAAGACAGUAAAACGUUUGGAAAUACAGGGACCCAGUAUUCUUGAAAAUGACAAGCCAGCUGAAGCGCUGAAAAAACGCAUAUUGGAUGCAGUGGAGAGUGAUAUUUUGAGCAGGAAUGAAAAUGACAAGGACUAUGCCGAGAAAUGUAAAUUGACGUGGCUUAAGAUACUGAGGAGAAUAUGGGCACUUGGACCAAGCCAUAUUGGUCCUAACAUUCUCUUUACUCCUGAUAUUAACGCAGAAAACACUGAUAGCUCUGUUCUAAUACGUGGUUGUUCUCGUCUAUCUGAAAGGAUGGGCUUUGUAGAUUCUAGUAUCAGUGAUUCCAUUGCUGAGACAUCUUCAAAUGUGGAUGCUGAGCACCUUGAGGAUAGUGUUAUAGCUGGGUUCCAAAAUGCUACCUCAGCUGGACCAUUGUGUGAUGAACCUAUUUAUGGUUUGGCAUUUAUCAUUGAGGCACGCAUAUCUCCACUUUCAAAGCAUCAAGAAGAAUCUGAAACACACCAACAAUCCCAGCAGAGUGGCACCUUUGCAGGGGAGGUUAUGGGAGCUGUAAAAGAUGCUUGUAAAGCAGCUGUGCUUCAGAAUAAGCCUCGCCUUGUGGAAGCAUUGUACUUUUGUGAAUUGAAUACUACUACUGAAUAUUUAGGUCCCAUGUAUGCUGUACUUGCCCGAAGACGAGCACGAGUUUUGAAGGAAGAGAUGCAAGAAGGUUCCCCUUUCUUUACUGUGCAUGCAUAUGUUCCUGCUUCUGAGAGCUUUGGUUUUGCAGAUGAGCUUAGAAGGUGCACUUCUGGUGCAGCAAGUGCACUUCUUGUACUUAGCCACUGGGAAGCACUUACAGAGGAUCCUUUCUUUGUACCUAAAACAGCGGAGGAAAUUGAAGAGUUUGGAGAUGGCUCUAGUGUUCUUCCAAAUACAGCAAGAAAGUUAAUUGAUGCAGUUAGACGGCGUAAAGGCCUUCCUGUGGAGGAAAAGGUUGUGCAGCAUGGAACCAAGCAACGGACACUGGCUCGUAAAGUCUGAUAUAAUUUUUUAUUACUAUUGUCUCCUUGGGAGAAGAACAUGUAAUUGUUGAAUGUGAAUAGGGUGACAAGGCACGGUGAUACAUACUCUGCUUUUUGUAGCUGGAAUUAACACACUUCUUCCUGUAACAUCCUUCGUUUUAUGUAAAUAAUUUUAUUUG